AUGACACGAGCUCGUGCCCCAAUAGGCUUGUCGGAUCUUCAAAUCACUUCAGACACUUCAUCAAAUCCCGUACCCGAGGUUGCUCUGUACCCCGGUCCUAAUCCAGAGGGCGGAAAGGCUGGGAGCCAGAAAGUUGUAACUAACCGACCUCCUCGAGAGGACAGUGAGCACUGGAAAGUGGCCGUCUAUCCCCGAUCGGCACGAUAUUAUGGACCAACCAGUUUUGGGGCAGUGUUCUUGGAGCAUCAAGCUACAGCAAGUGAAGAUUUACUUGGACUUGGGGAGGAGGUCAGGCAACAUCCUGGCGCAUGGAAAUAUGGACAACCUCUUUUGGGUAGAGAGAGACCCGAAGGUCCUACUAUGCGUUCAAAAGAAGUCAUUAGAGCACUCUAUAAUAUUCCAUCCAAAGGUAUAUGUGAGACUCUUCUCGCUACGCUUAGCACUCUUACGAAAACUACUAUCAAUCCAACUAUGAUGAAGCAUUGCAUUACGAACCUUUGGGCAACAUUCGGAACACUGCUUGCCGGGCCUCGGUCAAAUGAAAAACUUGCUCCAAUUGCAGAGUUGUUAUUCCAGAACGAGGAGAAUCCUUUACCACCAACUCCUGAAGAUGGACUUGAAUGGUUAAAUACGUUCACGGGGCCAAAUCUCCGAAUGGAAAUGGUCGGAUUAUUUUUCUGUUUCUUGGGAAAGGCCUAUCUUAGUCUGCAAGACUGGGACCCGCUUUUCAAAGUGCCUGAAAACCAUGAUCGAGAUAGAAAAGAGACUGCUUGGAGAAUGAAAGAAUGUGCAGACAUUUGCCGUAAAAUGUGCCACUUUUCAGAGACAGUAAAUGAAAUAGUAGUGGCACUCUCCUUCAACCUCAGUAUUCUGGAGAGUCAGUGUACAGGAGACGAAGGUUACUCAAUGAGCCUUAGACAUGGAGAUAUGAUCACAAUCACGAUUACCGCAGGACUUCACAGGCUUCCAGAUUAUGCCAACACCCCUAUUACCACUGCUUCAGAGUACAAGCGUCGAAUCUUUUCUGGGGUUUAUUUUCUAGAUAAGACGCAUUCAGCUCUAAAUGGGAUACCACCAAUGAUGGGUCGUCUUUAUUGUGACGUCAAACCAUGCCUCGACAUCGCCGACGAAGAACUAUUCUUGCCACCACAUGCGUUUUCCGUCGUAGUUAGCCGACUAGAUGCCGAUGGGUGGAACACAUCAGGUAAUAUGUACGACAUCAGCAUCUGUCGAGCCACGUGGCAACUUUGUUCUGUCCGGGAAGAAAUCCUUGAGAUAGCUUUGGGUGUUAACGUUUUGGUCACAGAAGAGCGUGUAGAAGAAUUACGUCUCCGGUCCAAACAAGUUUUGGACGGGCUUCCAGACCAGCUUCAAUACUAUACCGAUGCUGAUCGAAAGAUACCUAAAGAAAGUAAUGGCAAAGAAUUAUUUGCCCAGGCCUGUAUUAUAAAUGACUACCUGCAAAACCUGUUCCUUGUCGACCGAGUUUCGAUAGCUCGAGGAUUUCCCAACGAGGAAAGGCUCUUCAAUACAGCCAUGGAACUAUUAGACAUGUCUUUGAUGUUUUGGAUGGAGCGAGAUAAGCUUGCCCCUUUCACCAGUUCUUUUGACUGGAUUAUUACAUUCUACGGAAUACCAGCUGCAGGCGUGAUAUGCGUUGAGCUACUAAAAAACAGUUCCAUGCCUCAGAACUACCUCGGAUUCUCUCGUUCAGACGCCAUCCAGAAGCUAACGCUGUUCAUCGGAUUCCUCGAAUGGAUCAGGCCCACCGACGGUAACCAUCGACUAGCAAAUCGCCUCAAGAUCGUGAUACGGAGAGUGUUGGACCGUGUCUUAGAGCCACCCUCGACCGACACACAGAGAUCAAGUGAGAUGGAUGCGCCGUUCGAACAGACCAUGCUCCCGUCUUUCGAUGCCUCCCCGGAUAUGGAUUGGCUCAAUACUAUAGAUUGGACUCAAGGGUCUUGGAUGGAUUUCAAUCCAUAG